AGGCCCUGCCAGCCUCGGCCUGGCCCGGCCGCGCCGCCAGCCCCCCGGAGCCCGAACCCAACCUCCGCUGCGCAGCCCGAAAUGGGGCCGCGCUCCGGGGCGCUGAGCUGCCGGACCCCGGGUCUCUGUUGCGAGGGUCUGAAGUGCGACCACCCAGGGGAGGCGGACGGCCAGGGCGGGGACUGAACCGCUGUGACCUUGGCAGGGCCGACCAGGCUCCGCCGUCACCGCGCGCAGAUGUUUUUAACUCAACAGACAUUUACUGAGCACCUACUAUAUACAAGAUGAACAUCUGCAACAAGCCCUCCAACAAGACCGCCCCUGAGAAGAGUGUGUGGACAGCGCCUGUGCAGGCCAGCGGACCCUCCCCAGAGCUGCAGGGCCAGCGGUCCCGCCGGAAUGGGUGGAGCUGGCCCCCUCACCCCCUCCAGAUUGUGGCCUGGCUGUUGUAUGUCUUCUUUGCUGUGAUCGGCUUUGGGGUCCUUGUUCCCCUCUUGCCUCACCACUGGGUGCCUGCUGGCUAUGCUUGCAUGGGCGCCAUCUUUGCUGGUCACCUCGUGGUGCACCUGACUGCCGUCUCCAUCGAUCCAGCAGAUGCCAACGUGCGGGACAAGAGCUAUGCAGGCCCCCUGCCCAUCUUCAAUCGCAGCCAACACGCACAUGUCAUUGAAGACCUGCACUGCAAUCUGUGCGACGUGGAUGUGAGCGCUCGCUCCAAGCACUGCAGCGCCUGCAACAAGUGUGUGUGCGGCUUCGACCACCACUGUAAGUGGCUCAACAACUGCGUGGGCGAGAGGAACUACCGGCUCUUUCUACACAGUGUGGCAUCAGCCUUAUUGGGUGUCCUGCUCCUGGUGCUGGUGGCCACAUAUGUCUUUGUGGAGUUCUUUGUCAACCCCAUGCGACUGCGCACCAACCACCAUUUUGAAGUCCUGAAGAAUCACACAGAUGUGUGGUUUGUGUUCCUGCCGGCUGCCCCCGUGGAGACCCAGGCUCCUGCCAUCCUAGCCCUGGCAGCCCUGCUCAUCCUUCUGGGCCUGCUCUCCACUGCCCUGCUCGGCCACCUGCUCUGCUUCCACAUUUAUCUCAUGUGGCACAAGCUCACCACCUACGAGUACAUCGUGCGGCAUCGCCCACCACAGGAGGCAAAAGGAACCCACAGGGAGCUCGAGUCAUGUCCCCCCAAGAUGCGGCCCAUUCAGGAGAUGGAGUUCUACAUGCGAACUUUCAGCCAUGUGCGCUCCGUGCCCUCUGGCCAGGUCAGGCCUGCCACAGCAAAUGCCAAUCCCUCUGGGUUCCUUGCCACCAGUGGCCAAGUGGAGCCUCCUCCACCCUCCUCCCCAGAGACUCUGGCUCUGCCCCCCAGGAUCCGACCCCAGAAAAAGAGGAAGAGACGCAUGUAUAAGGUGCCGACCUCUGGGACCUUGGACCCCGAGCCCCCGCCGCUGCCCAGGCAGCCAGGGCCUCCAGCCCCAGGUAGCCGCUCCAGCUCUUCUUUGGAGUCAAUGGGCACCAGCCCGGUGCACGCCGCUGGCCCUGCGGGCGCCUACCAUUCCGCGUCAGCCGAAUCCAUGGACGAGAUUCCAGUGGCGCAGACGCGCCUGGGCAGCGCAGCUCUAGCCACCUCUGGGAGCCGGGGCCGAGAACCCAGGCUGGCUCUGCAGCCGCGGGCGCCUGCCGUUUUCGUGAGCCCGAGCAGUGGCGAGCCUGGGGCGCUCAGCGGCAGUGAGGCCGGCCUCUCUUAGCCUGCCCAGGGCAGGAGGGCGGAGGAGAAGCGCCCGGCAGACUCUCUAUGCAACACCCUUACCCUCUCCUAACCGAUUGCACUUUAGGGGUCUCUAAGGCCGGCGGGAUCGGCCCCCUCCCCCACAACUCAGCAAUACCCACCCCACCCAUCAUAAUGCUCCAAUAAACUUUUUUAUGCUUU